AUGAGGGUGGUGUUUAUCGCCGUCGUGAUCACUCUGCUCUGCGCCAUUGCUGUUGAUUCCUGCUUACCAAUAGACCUGGCAGCCCUCGAAGCCGUCAAGGCCUCCCUCACCGAAUCCAACCUCGGCCUCUUCAACACAUGGUCUGGCACCAACUGCUGCCUCAAUUGGUACGGCGUCAGCUGCGACCCUUCCACUCGCCGCGUCGUCGACCUUAACCUCAGCGGCGAGUCUGAGGACCCCAUUCUCUCCAAGUCUGGCCAGUCCGGCUUCAUGUCCGGCUCCAUCGCCCCCGAGAUUUGCAACCUCGACAGCCUCACCACCCUCGUCCUCGCCGACUGGAAGGGCCUCUGCGCCGUUUGCCUUUGCUACCCAGCUCAUCUUCCGGCUUGGCUGGAGUUCGAUUCAGGUUGGAUAGUGGCUGGGGAAGGGCGCUGCUUGCUGGCGUGCGCCGGGGUUGGUGGAGGAGGCCGGUGGAGGAGGUCGGGGAAGGUGGGUGCCCAAAGAAGAAAUAUGGGUGCCCAGUUCAAUGAGAUACCAAAUAACUUCUCUAAAAGGUCUUGGGCCAUUUUUCCUAAGAUAAAAUACGUCAAUCAACUCUUAACAAACCAAACGAGAAAAUCCCAAAUGGAGCGGCGGUGCCACUACGAGGUGCUGGGCCUGGACCGCGGCUGCGCCGCCGACGAGAUCAAAUCGGCCUACCGUAAACUCGCCCUCCAGCGCCACCCCGACAAGCUGGUCCCCACCGGCGUCUCCCAGGCCGACGCCAACGCCCAGUUCCAGGAGCUCGGCCACGCCUACGAGGUCCUCUCCGAUCCCAAAGAGCGCGCCUGGUACGACUCCCACCGCUCCCAGAUCCUCUUCGCCGAUCCCUCCGCCGCCAACUCCGUCCCCGACUCCGUCAUCCCCAACCUCUUCUCCUUCUUCUCCACCACCGUCUUCUCCGGCUACUCCGACUCCGGCAAGGGAUUCUACAAAGUCUACUCCGACGUCUUCACCAAAAUCUACUCCAACGAGCUCAGCUUCGCCCGGAAGCUAGGGCUCGGGAUCGACGCCGUGAGGGAGGCGCCGGCGCUGGGGAAUCUGAAAAGCGACUACUCUCAGGUGACGGCGUUUUACAACUACUGGCUAGGGUUUUGCACGGUGAUGGAUUUCUGCUGGGUGGACCAGUAUGACGUCAUGGCGGGGCAGAAUCGGAAGCUGAGGCGGUUGAUGGAGGAGGAUAACAAGAAGCAGAGGAAGAAGGCGAAGAGGGAGUACAACGACACCGUUCGGGGGCUGGCGGAGUUUGCGAAGAAGAGGGAUAAGAGGGUGAUGGAUAUGAUGGUGAAGAGGGAGGAGGAGAGGAAGAGGAAGAAGAAGGAGGAGGUGGAGAAGAAGAAGAGGAUGGAGAGGGAGAAGUUGGAGAGAGCUAUGGCGUUUGAGGAGCCGGAGUGGGCGAAAGCGGAGGAGGACGACGAGGAGGAGGUUGAUGAGGAGGAGGAGGAGGAGAGGAAGAGGAAUGAGCUGUAUUGCGUGGUGUGUGGGAAGAAGUUUAAGAGUGAGAAGCAGUGGAAGAAUCACGAGCAGUCCAAGAAGCAUAAGGAUAAGGUUGCGGAGUUUAGGGAGUCGAUUGGGGAUGAGGAGGAGGUGGAGGAUUUAGGUGAGCGAAUGAGGGAGGGUUUGGAGAUUGGGGAGGAGGGAGAGAGUGGCGGUGAGGAUGAGUUUCAUGAUUUCAGUGAUGAAAAACUUGACAAGGACGAUGAUGAUGAUGGUGAUGAUGAUGAGAUGGAACUUCUUCAAGCAAUGGCGGCCAGGCACAAGAGUAGGGAAGAGCUUGACGACGACGAUGAUGAUGAGGAUGACGAUGAAAUGGAGCUUCUAAAGGCAAUGGCAGCCAGGCACAAGAGUAGGGAAAAUGUUGGCGAGGCAGUUGGAGUUGAUGACGGUGGUAGUGAGAGUGAUGAUGAAAUGGAUGUUCUUGAAGCAAUGGUGGCCGGGCGAAAGAGCAGGAAAAAUGCAGCUUCAAAGGUUGAGGUUGAGGAUCCCUUGGUGACCCGUGUUCAUGGGGACAAUGAUAUCAAUGGUGUAGAGUCCGUUCCUAUGGAAUAUGAGAAUCGAAAGCCUCCUAGAAGGAAAGCCAAGAGUAAGAAGAGUGGUGGAGAAACAAAAAGAGUUGAUAUGAAUGAUAUUAGUAAUGAUCAAAGUGAGGCAGGUGAAAAUGAUAAUUCUGAUAUAAAGGAAUCCACAUCUGAUUCUAUGGCGGAAAAGGAAAAUGCGAGUAGUAACGAUAAACAGGAUAAUCAAAUAGCCAGAAAGAAGAAAUCUUCAAAACAGACUGUUGAGAAGAAGAAAGAGAAUGUGAAGAACGAAGCCAACGGCAAAUCAAAGAGCUCUUCCAAAGGGAAGAAAGCUAAGGCAACAUCAAAGAACUCUAGCAAUGCAUGUGACACAUGCGGAGAGGAGUUUGGAUCAAGGAACCAAUUACAUAAGCAUUUAGGUGACACUGGACAUGCUUCACUGAAGAAGUGAAGAACCAACGACAGAACCUUACUGAAACUAUGAACUGUAGAAGAGGGUUGUAGACAUUGAUUGGCGGCAUUCUUUAUUAUGAGCAUUCCUUCAUUUGGAAAAGUUGCAGAAAUAUGAAAAGGUCUCUGCAGGGAAACCAUCCCAUUCUUUUUGAUAACCUGAGUCGAUGCUACAGAGUACAGAUGCAACAAGCAAGGGGCAUGUAGGCAAAGCAGUGGUCUGGUUUGGUCUGGUGCAUAGGAUUUGUUAAAGCAACCACCUCUUUCAGUCUUCACCAAAGUAGAAACCACGGAAGAAAGAAAUGAUAGAUAACUACAGUCAACUUGCCUUGUAUGCUUGAUAAAAUCUUAUUAGAUGGCACCCCUUCUUUUUUGUUUGAAAUUCGCAAUCUUUUGUCUUC